AUGUUCUCUAAAGUCCUCCUCCCGGCUCUCGCAGUCAUCGGCACUGCAGCUGCCGCUACAAACUCUAUCUGCUCCCAAUCAACCGCCACCAUUAACAACGCUGCUGAUGCCACCGCGUUGGCUGAUUGCAAAACCAUCAAGGGUGACGUUCUCGUCAGCACCGCCGCUGCUGCUACUAUCCAAAUUGACGGACCUCAAGAAAUCGACGGUGAUUUGAUCGUCGAGAACAAUGGAGCCAUCACAUCUCUCUCAAGUACCACUAUUUCCACUAUCACUGGUACUUUCGGUCUGAGCAAUUUGACUCUUUUGUCCACUCUUCAAUUCAAUGCCCUCGACACCGUUGGCACCAUCAACUGGGCUGCUCUUCCAGCUCUCUCAGCCCUUACUUUCACCAAGUCGGUCAGGACCGCAAGUAGUGUUACCAUCACCAACACCUUCUUGAACAGUCUCGAUGGUAUCAACUUGAACACCGUAGACACCUUGAACAUCAACAACAACAACCGUCUCAGAACAUUCAGCACUCAAGUCGGCAAUGUUACCACGCUCCUCAACAUUGACUCCAACGGAAAGAACUUGGAUGUUGCCUUACCUAACCUUAUCUGGGCCGCCAACAUUACCUUACGUAACGUCUCAAGUGUCAGCAUUCCAUCUUUGGCCGUUGUCAAUGGAUCCCUCGGUUUCUACGAGAACUACUUCACCAGUGUCAGUGCUCCAAACUUGACAGCCGUCGGUAACACUGCCAACGGACAAGGUGGAUUCGCUUUCGUUGCCAACCCAAACCUCGCCAACAUCACCAUCCCUAUGCUUUCGACUGUUGGUGGUGCUUUCCAAAUUGCCAACAACUCCGCUCUCGGUGCUAUCAACUUCCCAGAGUUGACCCAAGUUGGAGGUGCUAUUGAUUUCUCUGGAAACUUCACUACCCCUGAAUUGCCAAAGCUUAACGACGUCAAGGGUGGUUUCAACAUGCAAUCCACCACCUCCAUUGACUGCUCUGGAUUCCAAUCUGAGCACAACAGUGGUAACAUUCAAGGUACUUACACUUGCAAGACCACUGCUAACGCUCAAUCUGGAACCGGAACCAGCUCCGGCUCCAGCUCCGGCUCCGGCUCCUCCUCAAGUGCAUCUGCUUCUGCUAGUAAGGGUGCUGCUGUCUCUUACGGUGUUAACGAGGCCCUCAUGGGUGUCUCUGUUGUCGGAGGUUUCUUGGGCAUGUUGUUGUAA